CCUAGCCUAAAACCAGUGCAGCCGACCGAACACGACGCCUUCCGCCAGUGAGUGGAAAGUUUCUUGAAAGUUUCCUGAAAGUUUCCUGAAACUGUAAAUAGUACGACAGAUGGUGGACUGUACUCACUAAGAAGAAGAAGAAGAACUUUAAGUUUUGGAUAUAUUUCUAGCAACUUAACGAUGAAAAGAAGAAAGCCAGAGGAGGUAGCGAAGCACUACAUUAGUUGUGGCCAGGACCCAGACUGGAUCCAACAAAAAUGGGUGAACAAGGAAAAAGCCGGAUCAUCUGUUGGUGUACCAACCCUUGGACCUCUUUCUCCUCCUAGAGUCCCACAGAGUCCCACUAAGGAACGCCUUGAUCCUCAAAAUUCAUCACGAUGUAAUGAUGGAGCUGGAUCAUCUGGUGGUGUAUCAGCCCCUGGACCUCUUUGUCCUCCUAGGAAAAAUCCUACCCUGGUACCCCUCAAUCGUCAGGAAGAUUCAUCAAGAGAACGGAGGUACACGAGAUGGGAGUCUGGGGAAACGGCUCAACUAAAAGAGUUCUUCAAAGAAUACUUCACAUCAACUCAAACAAAACUUCCAUCAAGAGCAGAAAUUAGAAAAUUCAAAAUGAGAUUUCCAGCCUUCAGACAUGAUGUAAGGACCAUAGCAACCAAGGUCAUGAACGAGGUGCGGAAGACCGAACGACUGACAGAGGAAAGAGUCAAACGACUUGGGAUAAGAUAAUGAGGUGAUGGGCUAACAGGUUAAUCGGGACAUUUAUGGUAACAGUAACACGCAUCUUUUAGGAUAGAUUCAGGAUUGUGCUUAGAAUAAAAUAAACUUACAGUCUUCAUAAAUCCCUUUUGAGUGUUUUCAACAAUCCAAUUAGUGAAGUCUUUCUAUAUGAGCUCACCUGAGCCGAAGGCUUAUAACUGCACAGAUGCUCGUCCCUGCAAAAACUGUCGCCUCAUGGGCAACAGAGCAUGCGGAUAGUGAUUAAUCACCUAAAUAUUAGCUGUGGGGUCAUGCUUGUUAUCAAUUAUUUUAUGGUACUUUGAUGAAUUGUGUUAGGGUCCCUUACAAUCAAGUGGGUGGAGCAUUGGAGGAGUACCCUCUCAUGAUCGAGCUAUGAGGAUUUAAAAUAAAAUAAUGCAUGCAAACAUAUUUUUGAAAUGUGAUUCAGGCAAUUACAGGGGCAGAGGUAGUUGAUGUCAGAUUUGCUGGCAGGAUUAAGAGUACAUAGGGCCCACAGGGCAGCAGUUUGUUCAGGGGUGACCAUUUGGUAGGCAAGUCAGAGGAUUUCUCAAUCAAAUUUAUUGAUAAAAUACUACUAGAGGCAUAGGAUUGAAAGUUGCUCAAUUGAAGCAUGUGGUAAUUACUAAUUUGCAAUUACAUAUGACAAUUGCAUGACAUCAGGUGAGCACCAGGCCCCCUGGGGCUCUUAUCAUUUAUUCCUAACUGCCCUCCUCCAUAGUUUUGGCGAUUGCAUCGUGACCGCUACCAAUUUCAGAUUCUCGCUUUAUGACUUUUUCCCUUGCAGUCUUGUCUUGCACACAUUUUGCAGGGACUGAUUUUUAAAAUUUACAGUGGAGCUAUAAAUAGCUCUCCUAGAGGCUCUCAAGGAGAAUUUUUAGGGGAGCUAAAUUUGUUCUUCACGUAGAAAGAUUGGGGUUACAAGGGGCUCUGUAAAUCACUCCCCAAAAAGCAUUUAAGGGGAGCUUGGGAGAGCAAUCGCUCUCACUCCCCUUAAAUCUUACUCCCUGAUUUUGAUACCACAUUUGUCCUUAUCAGACCUACCUAAGGGGUAUUAUGGGCCAAUUAGCAGACAUGCCAACAAAAAAACGUAUUCCGUACUUUUCUAUCCUCUUUCGCUUCUUUAGGGGGUACUAAGAUCUAUAGAUGUCUAUGAAUGCAUAGCACCAUCAUGCCAUACUGCAUUGCACCUGUCUUCGUAGAAAACAUUUAAUUGUCCAAUGAAUUGUCUAUGUCCCUCAUUUACCAGAACGAAUGCUUUUGGUGCAGCAAUGAAACACUUGUGAAAAUGUAUGUAUGUAUGUUUUCUAUUGAAAAUAAUUGAAUAAUAAAAGGUUUUCAGGUCGACACUUUGGAAUGAGAUUGAUAUUUUUAUGAUCUGAAUAAUUAUUGACAUCUAAUGAGUUUGGUACCCCUUAUCCAAAUGUAAAAGACAAGAAUGCGCUUUUAGGUUGGCAGUACUGAAUUAGUAUGCGCAUGUCAUUAAAAAGGCUAUAGCUGCAUAUAUUUGUGUACAUUUACAUACAUUAAUACUUUAUGCAAAUCUGCUGUACUCAUAAAAAUAGAUAAGAAUUGAUUUAUUUCACAUUUGGGAAACAUUAAUCUUCAUUAUUACACAGUUUUCAUGUAAUUUUGUACUUGUUUAGGCUGAAAUUAUGAAAAUAUCCCCCAAAUGCAUAAAAUACGCAUUAUGAAUAAUUCAUUUUCUAAUUAUGCACAAAAAAAAUGCACAAUUGAUUUUAAAGAAUUACACCACCAGAUUCAGCAUCCAGCAUUCAGAUAAAAUUUAGCUUCUCAGCCUCACUCCAACUAGAGCAUUUUACCCACUGUACAAUAUAUAAAUACAAAUAUAUGUUAUGCUAGUAAUGUCAUGCCUAGCUGAUUCUAGUUCAAACUCGGAGAUGUAAUCAUUAGUCUAGUAAGAUAGAUGAUUGUUUGUUUGUGAAGGCAGCUUUAAUUGCAAAUAAUUGGAAUUAAGUAUUUCAUUGUUGAUUCACCUAACUCUCAGCAGCCUUAUUAAAAAGGCUGUAUAAAAUUAAAUCUGACUUAUUGCCUACCUGAGCAAAUGCCUUCUAAAGCCUCCCCUAAUGUUUUGGGGGUUUACUUCUUUUUUUAAUGAUGUUGGUGCUGGGGACAAAGCAGGUAUACUUGGCAGACAAUCAGUGUAUAUAUGCAUAAAAAUAUACAUGAUAGCACAGGUACGUCAUUUUUGUAAGUGUAAGCAUGGCUGGAGUAUGUUUUUUUUUUAUUCAAUUCAGUUGACUUCUGCUCAGGAGAUCAAGUGUAAUGUGAAAUGUACUGGAAUGGAUAUCAUUUAUUUGAUAAGUGCUUGUCUUAUGUUUCACUUGCUCUAGAUGUGUAACAGCUACAUUGUAGUUCAUGUAUUUGUGGAAUUGGACACGAGAAGAAGAAAUUCAUGACAUAUCCUUCCCUUGUCAGCACCACCCCCUUCUCUUUCUCUCGCUGUACUAGUUUAUCGAAAAAUUCACUUAAAAAACUGAGAAACAAAGUUUACCUGCAUAAUAUCGAUUGCUGUGUUUAUUUUUUAUACAAAACAGGACAAAUAUCAAAAUUCAUGACGAACGUUGAAGAAUUUUGCUGGAUGUUAUUACAUGCAUUGCUCCUUUUCAUAGUAUUGUAUACCCAUUGCAUAAUAUACGUUUAUGUGUUUAUUGUUCCAGUAUGAAGUAGGAAACUUAUUAACAAUUCAUAACAAAGGUUCAACAAGUUUUUCCAUUGCCAUAAUAUGCAGUGUGUUACAUAAAUUAACCAUUUGUCUUGGUUUUAAGAUAUACAUUUGGUAUAAAUAUAACACGUAUUAAUUAAUUAAUUUUUAUUUUAUUAUUAAUUAUUAAUACAAAAAAAAAUUGCUCAUAAUUAUAGAUAAAUGAAGCGCUCCUUAUCGUUCAUAGCAUCAAUACAAUGCUUCCCCUUAUGUCACAUAUGGCACUGCAUGUCUAGAAAUUAUGAGAAAUUGAAAGGAAAUUUUUCAAGAACUGAGAUUUGUAGUAUCUGUAGUAAUCUGUAUGUAUUUAGUACUGUGAGUUGGACAUGUACAAGAGGUCGUAGUUCAUGAAAUGUGACAUUUCAAUUGUUCCUUUGCAUGUUUGGUGUUUAUAAGUACUUUGUGGAUAACCCAGGUUUGGUGCAGUUCAUGCUUCAACUUCAUUGUGAAUUGUCUUUUUACAUUGUGUAUGAAUGGAUGUUUUCACAUUGUGAUAGAUUACUUGUUUCAUUAAAAUUCACUUAAUCAGAUGCACUUCUGUCCUCGUAUGACAUUUGUUGGUGUAAGUUUUUGUCUUUAAUCUUGGACGCAGUCUUUUUCUUCGUUUGUCUGCAGGGGGGGGGGUAAUAAUCAUGCAGACUUCUCAAUAACACUGCCUGCAGUUACUGUAAGAGAGGAGUAAGACUUAGAGUGUUUUAGAAACGCACGACAUUGUGUUUCAGGGUGAAAUGAUUCUUCCAUAUGAAGACAAAGUUACUCUUCCAGGUAUCCCCCCCCCCCCUCUUGGGGGCACAAUAAACGUGGUUGCCGUGCGUACACCUUUAUUAUUUUUUUAUUUCAUUUUCUUGCGGGGACAGGGGAGGGGGCUCUCACCACAAAUUUUGUAAGCUUCAAGCUUAUUAUCUAAAUCCCACUGUCAAAACAGACUAUUAUUCAUGUACAGGUAUUGGUGUAUGUUUGUUUUUAAUAUGUGUGUGUGUGGCGUGUGGGGAUACAUAUAUUAGUCUGUAAAUAUAUUGAAAAAGUGUUUGUGUAUGUAUGUUAUACGUGUUUAUGUAAGUGUUCUUUUUGUUUGGGGGAUGUUUAUACAUGCGUAUAGGGGUGUGUGAGGUGGUUGGCCUAUUGCUUGGUUUGGUGUAACUAUGGGCAUGCGUUUGAGGGAAUGAGGAAUGAGGGAAAUGAGAUGAAUUGAAUUUUUAUUUAUCAAACGCCUAGUGGGCAAUGACCACAAUCUCAUAAUGUGUUUAUUUGAGUGUGUGUUUGGGGGGGGGUGCACAACAACAACGUGAAAUGAGCGGAGAAGAGUGUGGGUGGAUUAGUUUAUAUGCCUAUAAAUGUGUUAUGCCUUAAAUUGGUAUACCUACUUCAAGAAUAUAGGCGCAUAAUGAGUUUGUAAUCAACAUCCCAUUGCCGUAAUUAGUCUUAAAAUGAAUGGGCAUCCACUACCUUAUUGAUUGUAAAUUAAAAAAAAAAACUUAAAUACAGCCCCAAAACUUCAAUUUUUUAAAAUAAUCAUGAUCCUUUUAAUAUGCAAUAAGUCGUGAAGACUUUUUUGUGGGGGGCGGUCUUUAACCCUUUUCAGAACUUAAACUCACUUUCCCCUGACUGAACACCAUCCCAAACUGGGGGGGGGGGGGGGUACGCCCAUGCCACCCCAUGAUCAUCCCCCAGCUUGCGCUGUAGGCUACAUUAUGUUGCUCAGUAUUUAACCUCCUUACCGCCAUGCUAUGAAUCAUGGUAAUCCACUGCCCAAACCAUCUAUGAAAAAUAAUACAUGCAGGUUAGAAUCUUGCAUUCUCACCGGUCACCCCCCCCCCCCCAAAUCAUGAUCACUCAUUGACACCGUUUUUUGCAACACAUAUUUUAAAAAGAAGAGUCUACCCAAAAAUAUUUUUUCAACAGGAUCAGAAAUAUUAGAUGAUCAGAACAAAAAAAAAGUUGAGAAAAAUCGGACAUGCAACUAAUAAGAAAUUUAUGAGUGUUUAAAUCAUGGAGCUAAAGCUCCAUGAUGAUAGAUAGGUAGAUCCCCUAUAUGCAUGUUUACAUCAAUACAAACUUUGUAGCUUACGUACUGUAGAAAUGAUGCAUUUGCACUAUAAAUAUAAACAAAAUUAUGGUAAUUAGUGCACCCACGACGUCAUCAAAUUGGCAACAUGUCUAAAAGUUUUCACUGAUUUGCCCAUUUUUUUCAAAUCAUUAAAAAGUCAUAACUUUUUUUUAUUACCUGUCCGAUUUUCCCCAAACUUUUUUUUUCUGUAUCUCUCACUUUAAGGGCUAUUUUUUUUCUAUUGCCAAAAUAAACAAAGGUGCCGGUAAUGGAUAUCCUUGUCUAACGAGUAACGCCUCUUGAUGGGAAUAUAUCGUCGGCGGAGGACCAGAAGGGCGCUAUUGCAGAUCAAAGAUGUUCCGUUGGAAACCAGAAGGGCGCUAUUGCUAUUGACUUUGUACAGCAAUAGCGCCCUUCUGGCUCCGAACGGAACACCUUUAAAAUGUAAUAACGCCCGUAUGGCUCUCAACAGACGAUAAUAUGUUAGCCAUCCAUUCAAAAUGACGUUGUUGAAUAUAUAUAAUAUAGCUAUCGAUUUCCUAAAUCCAGUUUUAAAACCAUCAGCUCUUAAACAAUUUAAAAUAAAAUUCCACUCUAGCGUGUCAAACGCUUUGUGAAAAUCAACAAAAAAUAGACACCUUUCGGCAGGUUGCGUAUAACACGACUAAAUAUAUUUCCGAAAAUUUUGUUCAGCUUUUGAAAUCGGGACCGGCUUGCGAUUGUGAUGUCCGCACAGUUCAAUACAUGACGUUCGUAUCUAUUGUCCCAUGACACACGGCUUAAUUCUACGAAAGUAGCUUUAAUUAUGUUGUAUUUGAAAAUAUCAAUUACAUCCUGAAUGAGCCUUGCUACAUCAAAACCACGUCUGAUAUCCCUCCUGAUCUUCGUCAAUCAAUUUAUGCAGGACUUUCCGUAAUCCAUUAGCGAGUACUGUUGUAAUCAACUUAUAAUCGAUAUUGAGCAACGUUAUUGACCGCAAAUUUUGUAGGUUCUCUUUCACCAUUUUUGAAUAUGGGAGAAAUAAUCCCUUUCCUCUGUGAAUAUCAUAGUAUUCCUUUCGGAAAGCUCUUAUUAAUACUCUUUAAAAUAAUCCCCUAUAUAGUGGUGUUAUGUUUGACAAAAACGGGUAUUGCGUGUACUUCCAAAGGGGAAUAUAGUGGUGCUA